AUGAUUUACGCCACCACUCUACUGCGCCUGUUGGCAGUCGCUCCGGCUGCUGCCCUCGCCGGUCUGGUCGUCCGAAAUGACACCGACUUCGACUACAGCGCAGUCUCGCUGCGAGAGGUUGGAGCUCGAAACACCCUUGACUGGCGUGUUUGGCUCGAGAAGGAUGGCAACCCAAUUUCCUUCUGGCACGAUAUUCCUCUUUACCCCAACUCCGAGGACAAGUCCAUCAUCAACUUCUACACCGAGAUUCCUCGAUGGACUGAUGGCAAGAUUGAGACCAAGCGUGAUGAGCCUCUGAGUAUGGUUGACUACCGCCUUCUUCUAAGAGAAAACAUCUCGCUAACUGAAAGGAAAGACCCAAUCUUCCAUGACGAUAAGAAGAAGCAGCCCCGAUUCGUCUACUCUGUCUGGCCUCACAAGACGUACCCCUUCAACUAUGGCUCCAUUCCCCAAACGUGGGAGAGCCCUAACCACAAGCACAACCUGACUGGCUAUGUUGGUGACAAUGAUCCCAUUGAUAUUUUUGAGAUCAGCAGCCUCCCACCUGCUGCCGUUGGAGAAAUUAGACAGGUCAAGGUUCUUGGUGGACUGCCCAUGAUUGAUGAGGAAACCACCGACUGGAAAGUUAUCGCCAUUGAUGUUAAUGACCCUCUUGCCAAGCAUGUGAACACUGUCAACGAUCUUGACAAGUACCGCCCCGGCCUGCGCCAGCAAUUCCACGAGUGGUUCAUCUACUACAAGGUUAUCAAGGGUGAUGGAAUCAACACCAUCGUGGGUGGUGAAUACAAGGAUGCCGCUACCAUGCAGGACGUCAUUGCUGAGAGCCACGGCUUCUGGCAGGAUCUCGUCAAGGGCAAGGGCGAGCACGAGAAGAACGAGAUCGCCAUCAACCAGACCUCCAACGCUCGGUACUGCAAGUCCUAUAUCAAGAGCAGCGAGGCCACCGAGGCUUUCAACAUCCCUGCCAAGUCCAACAUCCUCCCCGCCGCUGCGCGACCAUCGGAGUAUGACAACUGGUACUACCUGGACUCGGACUACAACCAAAUUAUUGUUUAG